UCUGAUUCCAAACUGACUACUACUUCUUUAGUCUCGAAGUCUCAACUCUCUACAACAGCUGUAGCAUGUAAGGCAGUAAGGGGCAGUAGCAGAAACAAAAGCAUGAAUCGAUCAUUUUUUUAGUUUACGCCCUCAGCUCUAAUACAGCUAAAAAAACCUUAUCUUCUCCGGACCGCAUAUCCCCCUGGCCACCUAGAGAGAGAGAGAAAACCUCCGCUUACUAACCCUCCUCCCUUCUCAAAAAACAUGGCGACGCUUCAUCUCUGCAUUUCUCCAGCACUGGCACACAAGUACCGACCCACCAACCGCUCUGCCUUCAGCUUCAAGCCACACCGUCUCGAACCAGUCAGCCACUCCUUGUCUACCGUAAUUCGGUCUUACAAGGUGACAAUCGAGCACGACAGUCGCGCCACAACCAUCGAUGUAGACCCAGAUGAAACUAUCCUCGCCAAGGCACUGGACUCCGGCUUGACCGUCCCACAUGACUGUAAGCUUGGUGUGUGCAUGACGUGUCCGGCUCGACUGGUGAGCGGCGAGGUUGAUCAGAGCGAAGGCAUGCUCAGUGACGAUGUCGUUGAACGCGGGUACACACUGCUCUGUGCUUCUUACCCUCGAUCUGAUUGUCACAUUCGGACCAUCCCUGAAGAAGAAUUGCUGUCGCUGCAAUUGGCAACUGCAAAUGAUUAGGUGCAAAGCAGCGAAUGUCUGUACCUAUUACUUCCCCCCUCCCCCUUUUUUGUAAUUUGGACACUUGGAGAGAAUAAUAGAAUGAAGCUUGUUUUUUUUAGUUCCACAACCUCUACUGCAGUUGUUUAUGAGUUUUGAGAGAGAAAUAGAUUGAUUGAAGAUUAUUAGUUUUGUUA